AUGGAUCCCUUUUCAAAUUUUGAUGAUGAUUAUUCUGAUCAUGAGUUGGAUAUGAUGCAAGCAAUUGCAAUGAUAUCCGAGGGAACAUCUUCUACACCUCGUCGUACUCCUCAACGUCGUAGGUUCAUUAGACGUGAUUCAUUCGAAGGUCAUCAACGCCUUUGGAAUGAUUAUUUUGCUGAAACACCAACAUAUCCGCCCCAUCUUUUUAGAAGAAGGUUUCGAUUGAGUCGUGAUCUUUUUUUACGUAUACAUGCUGCAGUAGUCUCCCACGAUGAUUAUUUUGUCCAAAAGAGAGAUGCUAGUGGGAGGCUUGGAUUGUCUUCCCUUCAAAAGAUGACUGCAACGAUUAGGAUGCUAGCAUAUGGGGUCACUGCAGAUCUAAUGGACGAGUACAUCAGAAUUGGAGAAAGUACGGCACGGCAAAGCAUGAAGAAAUUUGUUAAGGCAAUUGUCUCAAUUUUUGGCAAUGAGUAUUUGAGAUCUCCAAACAGCAGUGAUAUAGUGAGGUUACUAGAUGCCGGACAAAGACGUGGAUUCCCAGGUAUGUUGGGUAGCAUUGAUUGUAUGCACUGGAAAUGGAAGAAUUGUCCUACUGCAUGGAAAGGUAUGUAUUCUGGUCAUGUAAAUGAACCAACUAUUAUUUUAGAGGCUAUUGCAUCUUAUGAUCUUUGGAUAUGGCAUGCUUUUUUUGGUUUGCCUGGAUCGCAUAACAAUAUCAACGUACUUGAUCGUUCUUCUGUUUUUGCUGUGUUGGCCGAAGGUCGUGCUCCUACGUGCAAUUACACAAUCAAUGGUCAUGAAUAUACAAUGGGAUAUUAUCUUGCAGAUGGUAUAUAUCCUUCGUGGGCAACAUUAGUGAAAACAAUUCCAUGUCCUCAGGGAAAUAAGAAAAAACACUUUGCCGCUUACCAGGAGUCUACUCGGAAAGAUGUGGAGCGUGCAUUCGGAGUACUCCAAGGUAGAUUUGCAAUUGUGCGUGGACCUGCAAGGUUUUUUCGUCUUGAAGUACUAAAAGACAUUAUGUACGCAUGCAUUAUCUUACAUAAUAUGAUCGUUGAAGAUGAGCGGCAUCUAUAUCUCGGGGCUGAUCAAUUCAUUUAUGAACAAACGGAAGAGACUCCAGAUGAGCCAAUUUCACGUGGUAAUAUACCUGAAUUCAUAGAGUUCAUUGCACAACAUCAUCGAAUUAGAAAUAGAGGCACUCAUAGUCAACUCCAGGCUGACCUUAUCGAUCAUUUAUGGAAUAUUCAUGGACGUACCUAA